AUGAAGUCCCUACUGUUCACCCUUGCAGUUUUUAUGCUCCUGGCCCAAUUGGUCUCAGGUAAUUGGUAUGUGAAAAAGUGUCUAAACGACGUUGGAAUUUGCAAGAAGAAAUGCAAACCUGGAGAGAUGCACAUAAAGAAUGGUUGGGCAACGUGCGGCAAGCAGAGGGACUGCUGUGUUCCAGCUGACAGACGUGCUAAUUAUCCUGCUUUCUGUGUCCAAACAAAGACUACAAGAACUUCAACAGUAACAGCAAGAACAACUUUGAUGGUGACUACUGCUUCGAUGUCUUCGAUGGCUCCUACCCCUGUUUCUCCCACUGGUUGA